GCUGCCAGCGUUUAAGGAAAUUAAGGUUUUCUAUAAAGAGCAUUUUGUGGCAGUGUCGUUUAGUUCCAGGCAGAAUGCGGGCUGGGAAACUCUACAUUGUGAUGUUGCUGACCACAGUGGCCUGCUUUGGACAGGAAACAGCUGAUGGCAUUAAUGGGACGCAAGAUAAGCAACAUCUGGAGCUGCCAAAGGCUGUGCUGACCAGCAGUCCUCAAUGGAGAAACCUGUACACUGGAGAGACUGUCACCCUGAGCUGUGGGGUUGAGGGGCGUUUCACUGGCUGGGAAUAUCUCUGGUACAAGAGCAGUCAGGGAGGCACAGAGAAGAUCAGAGACACCACUGGAGCCAGAUACACACUCAGCUCUGUCACUCAGUCCCAUAGUGGACAGUACCAGUGUGAGGCACAAAGAGGAGAUCGACCACGUUCCUCUCAGCGCAGUGAUCCUGUUACACUGACUGUGUCUGCUGGCAAGCCAAAGCCUGUCCGGACCCGGGAGCCUGCAGGAGAGAUAUUUGAAGGAGACACAGUGACUCUGAGCUGUGUGGUUGAGGGGGGCUCUGAUGGCUGGAGAUAUCUCUGGUACAAAGACAGUCGGGAAACUUCAGCACCUCAGACUGACAGCAGCAGUGGAACUGGAGCCGGAUACACAAUCAGUGCUGCUGCUGUGUCCCACAGUGGAGAGUACUGGUGUCGAGCUGAAAGGGGGAGCAAACCGUUUUACUCACAAUACAGCAGUGCUGUCAAGAUACAAGUAUCAAAACGACCCCAGGCUGUCCUGACCCAGGAGCCUGCAUGGACACAGAUAUUCAAAUCAGAGAGAGUUACACUGAGAUGUCAGGUUCAGGGGGAUUACACUGACUGGAGAUUCACAUGGUACAAAGCUGGGAGGAAUGGUCCAGUAACCCAGGAUUCCUACAGCAGUAUAGAUGGUGACAGCUACACAAUUAGCUCUGCUGCUCAAUACCACAGUGGGGAAUAUACCUGUAAAGGUGUAAGGACAGGUAACCCAUCGUACUCUACAAUCAGCAAUAGUCUUACACUGAGAGUAUCAGCUAGCAAGCCAAAGCCUGUCCUGACCCGGGAGCCUGCAGGAGAGAUAUUUGAAGGAGACACAGUCACCCUGAGCUGUGUGGUUGAGGGGGGCUCUGGUGGCUGGAGAUAUCUCUGGUACAAAGACAGGCAGGGAGCUCCAGUGUACCAGACUGACAGCAGCAGUGGACCUGGAGCCGGAUACACAAUCAGUGCUGCUGCUCUGUCUCACAGUGGAGAGUACUGGUGUCGAGCUGGAAGAGGGAGCAACCCGUUUAACUCAGAAUACAGCAAUGCUGUCAAGAUAAAAGUUUCAGAGCUGUUCAGCACACCCACUCUGACAGUGACGCCUCGUGCCUCAGUGUGGGAGGGAGAGGCUGUGACUCUGCAGUGUGGGGCUCACAUAAAUAAACAGGGCGCACAACUACAGUACAGCUAUAUCAAAGACAACGGGAAUCUGAGAGGAGCUGGAUCACGGGAUCCAUACUCAAUCCCAGCGGCAGGGCUGAGAGACACAGGGAGCUACCAGUGUGAGGUGGAGGCAGCAGGGAUGGGGCUGAAGAAAAGGAGUGGUUCUGUAUCACUGACUGUGAGAGCUGGCAAGCCAAAGCCUGUCCUGACCCAGGAGCCUGCAGGAGAGAUAUUUGAAGGAGACACAGUGACUCUGAGCUGUGUGGUUGGGGGCUCUGAUGGCUGGAGAUAUCUCUGGUACAAAGACAGGCAGUACAGCACUCCAGUGUACCAGACUAACAGCAGCAGUGGAACUGGAGCCGGAUACAUAAUCAGUGCUGCUGCUCUGUCCCACAGUGGAGAGUACUGGUGUCGGGCUGGAAGGGGGAGCAAACCGUUUAACUCACAAUACAGCAAUGCUGUCAAUAUACAAGUAUCAAAGGUUCGUCCCAAGGCUGUCCUGACCCUGCAGCCUGCCUGGGCACAGAUAUUCACAGGAGAGACAGUCACCCUGAGCUGUGAGGUGGAGGGGGGCUCUGCUGGCUGGAGGUUUAAACAGUACAGAGAUGGACGUGAAGAGGCAUGGUGCAGUGAUCAAUACAGCAGGAGAGAUGGGGACAGCUGCACAAUCAGUACAGCUCAGCAUUACCACAGUGGAGUGUACUGGUGUGAGUCUGGACAGGAGCGCAGUAAUGCUGUCAACCUAACUGUGUCCAAUGAAGACGUGAUCCUGCAGACUCCCCUCCAGCCUGUGAUUGAGGGAGACUCUCUGACUCUGAGGUGUCGUGUACGCACAAAUUAUACUUUUACCAGGAUUGUCUUUUUUAAAGAUAAUGAAGAGAUUCAGUCCCAGAAUAACACAGAGCUGAGUGUGGAUCGUGUUUCAAAGAGUGACGAGGGGUCCUACAAGUGCAGAGCGAUGUGGAACUCCUCCACUUACUCUGGUGACUCUGCAGAGGUGCGGGUGUCAGUGACAGAGCUGUUCUCCAGGGUGACUCUGACAGCCUCUCCAGGAGCCACAGUGAAGGAGGGAGAGGCUCUUAACCUGACCUGUGAGGCAGCAGUGAACAAAACCCCCCGCCCUGAACUCCACUACACCAUUGUGAGAGACGGGGAGCCUGUGACUAACAGCACUGACUCUGCACUGUACAGCAUAGCCAGCACUGAGAAGAGCCACACUGGGAGCUACACGUGUGCUGUGGAGUCACAGGGAGUGAAGAAGAGCAGCCAGGAGCUACACAUUGAAGUGCAAACGUCCUGGCACAGCGCUGUUGCUAUUGGCUACAGAGUGAGCUUCACUCUGAUUCAUUUCAUUGUGUUCACUCUGCUGCUCCUUCAAUACUGCAGGAUCCAAGGUUCCCUGUGUAUUGCUGGUGGUACAUCACGGAAAACCUCGGAUCAGGAUCAGGAGCAGUCAGCAGAGAGGAUUGAGCUCUGCAGCCGUGUGCAGCACACUGGAGUGGAACUGCAAUAGUAUUGUACUGUCGUACUGAAGAUCAGCCUGACUGCCAUGUUUUAGAACUACUGUGAAUAUCUGUUCAAACUGCGGCUGUAGUUUACAGAAAAUGACCAUUGACUGGGGUAUUUUCUAAGACCUCAAAACAAAUGGAUUAUUCAUUGAUUGUUUGAUUGAAUUCAUUUAUUUAAUAGAUUGCUUGAUUGCACAGUGUAACUUGAAGUGCAUUACUGAAUAAUGUAUGUAUUCAUAAGCUAUCCUUUAGUCAAUAAACUGCUUUAUUCUA